CUACCAUCCAAACAGACAUGUUUAACAACCAUAUCUUGUAUUUUAUUUCCUGUUACAGCGGUCGCAGGCUUAAUAGUGCUGAUAUUUUUAUUUAAAAGCCUCUAAACAGGCGACAUCAAUCUGAGAAGUUUGGACGUGUGACGAAAUUGUGGGAUGCUUUUUAAAUCCAUCCGCGCUGCCCAGAAGAAAGAUGUUCCGGUCUGGAAAGAAAGAAAGAAAGAAAAAGAAACGCUCCAGAGGAAGAAAGAAGUAAAGGGGGAGGUAGAGGGGAAGAAGAAGAAAAAAAAACUGCAGCAAAGAAAGAAACUCACUCAGUCGGCGUUGUUUCAUUUUGAAAAAGACUCCUGUUCCUCCCCAGAAGAUCUGGAUAAGGGCUUCGACGCAUGUGUGACUUUUUUUUGUUUUUCCUUGAACGCAUUUCUUUUUGUCUCAGAGAUUCUUUCUUUCCCCCGGAGUGCGUUUUCUUUCAAGCAGGAUAGGAGGAAAAGCUCCAAGGAGGUGUUCAGGUCUUCAGGUAGCUUCAUUAUUUGCUGGUUUAUGGCGUCUUAGUGGUGCAGAAGAGGGCUUUUCUGAACAUUUCUGCGCCUCUUGUCUGUGUUUGCUGAGGCACAGCGGCUGAAACUUUGCAAAAGCUUCACUGGUUAUUGACCACAGAAGCAGCUGACUUCUAGGUAUCAGAGCUGGCUGUUUAUCAGCAACACUUCUUCUGUGGUAAUAAUUAGGAGAGGUUUUUCUUUUUCUUCUUUUUCCAUUUGCAUCAAGAAAAACAGCAGUGUUUUCCGAGCCGGACACAACUCCAAACUAACCUUUUUCAAAAAAGACUUCUGUCGUUUAAAAGCUCGAACAUCUGGCCUUGGAGUAAAACCUGUCGGUUUAUUAUUUGCCAGCUGGCGACAGGAGAGGAAAGGCAUCAUUAACCAGCUCCUAAAUGGAUGUGCAUGUUUCCCUUCUUCUCACACGCAGCACCAUGAGAUCCGCGACGUGGAAACUUUCAGGCCACAUCAAACAUCUCUUCCAGUCUCAUUAAUCCGAGAUGUAGCCCACAGGCCAUAACGUAUAUAUAUUAUAUAGAUAUAUAUAUUUUAACUUAUCUUUAUUUUAUGUGAGAUAUUUAUUCUUGGCUGAACAUACAAAACAGGUCUUGUGCUGUAUUAUUAUUAUUAUUAUUAUUAUUAUUAUUAUUAUAAAAUCUUUUUAUUUUCGUCUUUGUCAUUUCACCUGCUGUAGCUCUAGAAAGACUUGAACAUUGUUUUGUGUUUACACUGUAUUUAUGAUACUGUAUUUAAGCUGUAGUCUUUCGGAUUGUGUCAUUUCCAAAAAAAAAAGGGGGUGUUUUUGCUCUAUUCAGGCAGUUUAUUUGAAAUUUUUACAUCAUGGAGAAAAUUGGCACCAAACUCAAGCAAAAGUUUAAACUGGCCGAUUCUGGCAGUGCCAAAUUUAGCAAAAAGAAAAACGAGCUCUCCAACACGAAUAACAACAGUAACGGUGUGAAUAGAGCAGCGCCAGUCGUGACCCACUUGAACUCCACGACACCUGCGAGUACGACGCCGUUCACUCUCGCCUGCUCACCCGUCACUGAGUCAUCUUCAGGUACCAGAUCAGCAAAGGUGGUCAACUCUCAGAGGGUGUCUUCCUGUGUUGCCUCCGCCACCUCACCACCUGUACCGGAAGAAUCCGGGCCCUCAGCCGAACACCAGCCGGUGACUCUUGCUCCGUUGCGGCGCCGCUCACCUCAGCAGCGUGCGUCUUGUUACCUGCCUGACACCGUGGAAGGCCGAGGUGCCUGUGAUCAGUCCAGACGUACCGAUUUGUCCCAAGGUGAGCAUGCCGAUACACAAGGUGCUUAUAGCACGAAUUCACGAGUCGCCCUGAACCAGCGCCGGUACUCUCUGGAGCUUCAGCAGCUUGUGAAAAGGCAACAGCUCCUUGCCCAGCCUCCACUGUCUUCCAUGCCACCUCCAUACCCAACACCUGGCCCAGCCGCCCGCUCAGGCUCUGCCGAACCAAGCUUUCUGCCUGAACCAGAGCGCCACAAGCGCCUCUCCCUGCAGGAGGUGCUGUUCUGCAAGCGCUGGAGCUCUGGAGGGGAGCCAUGGGACAGCGGUAGGCCAGCGUCGCUUUCACAUCCUCCAACGAGGAGCCAUGAAGGUGCUGGGGCUACCUGCCUCUUUCCUUCUGGACCAGCCCUGAGCCCCUGCUCCUCUUUUAGCUUGCAGGAGUCAGUGUUAGCCAGCCCACGCUCAAGCUUCGCUAGCAGCACAGCUAGUGGAGGAGGAGGAGGUGGAGGAGCAGGAGGAGGGGGCACAAACGGAAGUCCUAUCGGAAGCCCGUGUAGCAGCAAUCGCACCAGCGGGAUUAGCCUUGGCUAUGAUAGUCGCCAUGUGUCUGGUCCUGCACAGCUGUUGCAUUUCUCCUCCACGCAGCUAGGUGGUGCCAACACUGGGCAUGUAUACCCAGCAUCUGGCCCUGGGAAAGCAGGAGCGCCCCCGAUAGAGGUGUGGAGGGACUAUCUCGAACGAACGUCAGGGAUCGGAGGAGGUUUUCAAGAUGGCCGUCAUUCGUACCCACCAGCAGGCAGUUCACCAGCAGCAACAGAGUGGUGGAGUGGCACAGAGCAACGGGGACCGCGGACAGAGAGCACAGGGGAGCGGAUGAGGCACUCGGACCUGCCAGGUACCCACUACCAGCAGGAGCUGACGCGCCUCCUACUGAGGGACAUGACACUGGAGGGAGAGGAGCAGCUUGGAGGACUAGCCUUGAGGGAGCAGCCUCUGUCCACCUCUGCAUCUCCUGCAGCCAGUGUAUCUGCGACUGCGAAACCUCAGGAGGAACACGUGGCUCUGAGGGACCCACCAUCAGCCCUGGACCGACAAGAAUUUUUUGGAACAUGCGUGAAGUGUGGAAAAGGUGUGUAUGGUGCAGACAAUGCCUGCCAGGCUCUGGAGAGUCUCUAUCACACUCGCUGCUUCACCUGUGUGUCCUGUGGUCGCACACUUAGAAACAAGGAUUUCUAUAAUGUCGGUGGAUCAGUGUACUGUAAGGAGGAUUACAUGUUUUCUGGCUUCCAGGCAGCAGCAGAAAAAUGCUGUGUGUGUGGCCACCUGAUCCUGGAGCAGAUUCUGCAAGCCCUGGGAAACUCGUAUCACCCGGGCUGUUUCCGCUGUACGGUCUGCUCCAAGACGCUGGACGGCGUGCCUUUCACAGUGGACUACCUCAAUAAUGUCUACUGCGUUGCAGAUUAUAACAGGACAUUCGCUCCUAAAUGUGCUGCCUGUUUACAACCUAUUUUACCUGCUGAGGGCAGUGAGGAGAUUCUCAGGGUGGUAUCCAUGAACAAAGACUAUCACUUUGAGUGCUAUCACUGUGAGGAGUGUGGGAAACAGCUCUCGGAUAAACCGGGCUCUCAGUGCUUCCCUCUGGACUGCCACCUCCUCUGCCACUCCUGUCACAUGAGUAGGGUGUGCGCUUCUCAAAACCUUCCCCCCCACUGAACAGGGGGACCAUUCUGUUGGACCAACAUACACUUUGUAACAUGUAUGCAUAUGUGACCAAGAUAAUGUCAGUAUAAAGUAUUUGCUCCCCCCCCAUUCCCUACCACCUGCACACACAUGCAACAGAUCAACACUGAAGAGGUGGUGUGAUGUUAUUGACUAAUUUUUCAAACUUGAGGUCCUACAUUUCAAGUGCAGAGCUAGAGGAUGUGUCCCUCUAGUGGCCAGUAAGUGUUGAGCUACUGUUUAUAUUCUCAUGUCUGCUGUAGAGAGAACUACAAGGGAUUAUUCUUAACUUUUUAAAUAUUUAAUAUGACUAGCAAAGAUUUUGCACUUAAAUGAACGUUUACUUUUUUUUAAAGAAAUGUUUCUGCAAAAAAAAAAAAGUAAAACAUUCCUGUAUCUUAAUAAACUUCUUUCUAUUUCA